AUGUUCAAGCACGCUUUGCUCGCGCUGCUUGGGGUGAUCGGUGCAGUUCUUCAAGGAUGUAUGCUGGUGGGCGGAGCGUGUGAUCUGGAUACCAUGAACGAAUGUUUGGACAAUGCGACGGCGGCCAACCUGGGCGUAUGCGAGCUACCGCUUCGAAAGAGGGACUGCGUCGUGAACAACAAGUGCUGUUACGAGAACCUGCCCAACAAAGGGGGAAACUGGGCUAUGAAAGUCUCGGAUUGGGUCAGCAGCACCCUGCACCGCGACGGCACGUGCGAUUUCAGUGCUUUCUGGACAUGUUAUGAGGAGCCGACCCCUUACUGCGAGAGUUCAACAGAUAUGUGCCACUCUCCGUAG